GCUUCACUAGAAUUUUUACCAACAUAUCGACUCCAUGGCAGAGUUAUUUUUGGAUCCUGCAAUCCGAUCUUGGGUUUUUCUACCUUUGGUGAUCAUCACUUUCCUGUUUGGAAUAAUUCGGCACUACAUGACGAUAAUAUUCGCAAGUGAAAAGAAAGCCGGAUUGGAAAGUGUCAGUGAUGGUCACGCCUUGUUAAGGAGUCGCUUGCUGCGGGAAAAUGGAAAGUAUAUCCCCACUAGAGUAUGCUAACUUCCGACUUUUGUACCUUCUACAAAGGCCUUUAAAAUGCGCAAGCAUUUUUUCAAUGACAAGGAGACCGGUUUUUUCCGGAAUCAAAGAAGAGAGAAUUCUGUUGGUAACCCAAUGACUGAUCCAUCCAUGGUAUCAGAAAUGUUGAAGGGGAAUGCUGUCAACAUGGUACCGAUGAUCGUCAUCGGUAGUUGGAUCAAUUGGGCUUUUUCUGGCUUUCUGACAACCAAGGUCCCCUUUCCGCUUACGUACAGGUUCAAACCCAUGCUUCAAAGGGGCUGUGAAUCCUUGACUUCUUUGGAUGCUUCUUGGGUCAGUUCUGCUUCAUGGUACUUCUUGAACAUCUUCGGUUUGAGGAGCAUGUACGGGCUUGUGUUGGGGUCAGACAAUGCUGCGGAGCAGCCAUUAUUCAUGGCGGAUCAUGCUGCACCCGCAGCGCAGCCCCCACAGGAUAUGCAAAAGGCAUUUAAAGCCGAGUGGGAAGCUUUGGAGAUGGUUGAUCACCAAUGGGCCUUGUCGGAUAUCGAAUCUCGCCUCCUCGCUCAUUCUUGUUGACCUCAAACCUUGUUCCUUUCUGACACUGCAUGUCAUCCAUAUGUUUCACCCUGCUAUGUUUCAAAUCGGUUUUACUUGUCAUACCGCACUUUUGGUUUCCCUGUGUUGUAGCUGGUUAGAUGCCAGCAAGCUUCUGCUCCAUAGCUUUCAUUGUUAACACAGUUGAGGAUCAUGUGAGCAUUCAUGACCUGAUUCACGGUAAACAACUGUUUUGCGCUUUCGCAGCUACGUAAACCAGAUUGCCUAACACAAUCUCGUGAUCUCUCGGAUUUUCUGUUUACAUA